CUCCUACAUCUGUGCUAGAGUGAGGAGGGUCCUAGAACUUUGCUCGUAAUAUGAAGCGCAAAACCGCUAUAAAACUAUGUCCUUAAGCUGAUUAGUUCAUUGGUAUAUGCUCUAUUUCAGCAGACAGUGUGAAAAACGAGUUCUUGUCGGAUCCGGGAUGGAUAAGACGAUCAUGGGGAGUGCUAAACUCGACAGGAAAUUUCCCGUUUAUGGAUCGGUAGUCGGUACAACGGGCGAUCGUUCUGCUGAUUUUGCAUCAGGGACUCUACAACGGCGAGGCAAGAAGUGGAUUAUGCAGACAGGAGUUGCUAGCGAUCUUGUCAUACAACUGGGAAAUCUCAGCUUUCACUUGCACAAGCUUCCCAUGGUCUCAAGAAGUGGCUAUAUAAAUAGAUUGGUCUUUGAAAGGAAAAGCAAAGCAGAAAGCGAGAAUUCCAUGCCUAUAAACUUAGACAAUGUUCCUGGUGGAGCGAAAACUUUUGAGUUGGUAGUGAGGUUCUGUUACGGCCUGAAGCUUGAUUUUACGGCAUCGAACAUCGCCCCUCUGUACUGUGCUGCACAUUUCUUGGAAAUGAGUGUUGAUUAUCACGAAUCGAACCUCAUUCCCCAAACUGAGGCAUUUUUAAGUUUUGUGAUAUUCUCAUCUUGGAAAGACAUAUUCCAUGUGCUUAAAAGUUGUGAGAACUUGUCUCCAUGGGCCAAGGAGUUGAAAAUUUUGAACCGGUGCUCAGAGGCCAUAGCUUGGAAAGCCUGCUGCACUGAUCAUAAAGCAUUCAACUUCAGUACUUGCGACACAACCCUCUUCGAUAUUCAAGGGAAUAAGUUAACAUACUUGAAAGUCGAAAAUUUUUUUGAUCAAUGGUGGUUUGAGGAUGUCUCGCUGCUGCGGAUAGAUCAUUUCUUGGAAGUGGUAGAUGCGUGCAAACGAAAAGGGAUGAGACCUGACCUUAUCGGUGUAUCUAUAGCCGAGUGGACCCAAAAAUGGCUUUCAAGAGUGACGUUGCUCGACAAUCUGACAGCCCAGAAGCUAACUUACCAGUUGCAACGAGUUGUGAUCGAGAGCUUGAUAAGGGUACUUCCAUUAGAGGAAAAUUCUGUCUCUUGCAAUUUUCUACUUAACCUUCUCAAGGUAGGUCUACUCAUGGAGAUCGACUCUGAUCUGGUAAAGACGCUGGAGAGAAGAAUAGCCUUCAUGUUGGAGAAAUGCCGCAUGCUCGAUCUCUUGGUCGAGAAUCGAAUAGAUGGCGAUACUACGUACAAUGUCAGAGUCAUUAUAAGAGUGGUGCAAUGCUAUGUUUCCGUUGUCUGGAAAAAUCAUCCCCCAAAACUAUUCGCUGUAGGAAGACUGAUCGAUGGGUACCUCGCAUUCGUGGCGAGGGAGGAGAGACUCACGGUCAAGGACUUCCGGUCCCUUGCAGAGGCAUUGCCAGAAGAUGCUCGGUUUUGCGACGAUAACCUCUAUAGGGCUAUAGACAUGUACAUCAAGGCACAUCCUAGCAUAACAGAGGCAGAGAGAAUGGGAAUUUGCAAGGCAAUGGACUACCACAAACUGUCGAAAGAAGCGUGCGAGCACGCGUUGAAGAAUGACUGGUUGCCCCUGGACAUGAUGACAAGAUUCAUCCUCAUGGAGCAAGUGAACAUGAUGAGGUCGGCGACUAAAUCGGGAUCAGAUUAUCAAAGAACGGCCACACAAGCGAUCCUCAGAACUAGUACCGGCUCGAGCCACGGCUGGUUGAGUUCACAGAAGGAGGUGAGGAUGAUGAGGAAGGAGGUGGAUGCGAUGCAGGCGCAGAUAAGGCAGUUGCAGCUGUGUAAAUUGAAGCUUCAGACACAAAUGAGAGAAGCCAAAUAGAGACAGAAAAUCCGAUAGGCCUGUGACAUCAUGUCAACACGUUACCUGGCGUAGGAUUAGAUGGCUUUGCUUGAAGAAUCUUAAGGAAGUGGUGUAUGGUCAUUAACUUUGAGAAUUGAGUUGAGCUGGAAAAUUCUCACUCCUUUCAACUUUUGUUGCUGACAAACAUUUGAUUUCGACCGGAUAAUAAAUGGGUUUUGAAUUUUCUUCGA